AUGGAUGAUGCAAAUGGAAGUAGUGAGGGGAAGCGCAGACGCAGUGUCCUCAUCCUGAUACCCAUGCGACUGGGCGCGAGUGAUCGUAUUGAGGUGGGUCAUUUGCCAACCCUCCUUCGUCUUCUGGAGGAUCCUGCUUGCGUUGGUCUCAUUGGUGGACGUCCUCGACAUUCUGUUUAUGUUGCUGGUCUUCAAGCUGAUCGUCUCAUCUAUCUGGAUCCGCAUUUCUGUCAGGAGACUGUUGAUAUUGCUUCGUUGUCUGAUGACGAUGAAUUUGACACGUCGACUUGGCACUGCUCCACUCCACGAGUCAUACGUGCUCAACGCUUGGAUCCGAGUUUGGCUUUGGGCUUCUAUUGUGGUAGUCGUGAGGAUGCUGUUAGUCUACUUCAACGUCUACCAAUCAUCUCGGAAUCGGAGAUCUCCUCCUUCUCUACUUCUUCAUCGCAUCACCUAGUCGACGUAGUGACUGCUUCGCAAGUGCAGCACCUUUUUGCACCGCUUCGAUUCUCCGAUGAUGUCGAGUUGGAUGGCAUCUACAAUGAUGGUGAUACGUGUCUCGUCGGUCUCUAA